GAGAGCAACACCUCACCGGAUGUGAGCUUGACGCUCGGGCCCAGUCAAAACAAAGCGGCUCCGCGGGCCCGUCGCGUCGAGCGGACGGUUCAUAUUCAACACUUGUCUCCGUUCACCGCGGACGAGCUGAACACAACCCGCCGCCCGGUGCGUCACCUCGGCCCCCGCGGCCCGCGUCGUCCGGAGCCGUUGUUCCAGGUCCCGGGGGGGGGUUUGAGUUUCGUCCCCGAAAUGGAGGCGGCGCGCGGGCGUCUGCUGCGCGGCGGAGCGGCCGGAGGCGAGAAGGCGGAAUAAAGGGACCAACAAGAGGAGGAGGACCGCAGGAAGGCGCCUGGAAUAUUAACACAUUAACAAACGACGACGACGGAUUAAUAACCCGCUCCCGGUCGGUGGGCAUGGCGGAGUAGUGCGUGGUCGGCUCCUCCUCCUCCUCCUCCUCCGACCGAGCGAGGCUCACCAUGGCCCCGGGCUCGCUGGUGGCGGCCUGCCGCAGCCUGGCGCUCUCGACGUGGCUGCUGUCCUUCUGCUUCGUGCACCUGCUGUGCCUGGACUUCACCGUGGCCGAGCGGGAGGAGUGGUACACCGCCUUCGUCAACAUCACCUACGUGGACCCGGCCACGUCGGAGCUGCGCACGGAGAAGACGGAGUGCGGCCGCUACGGCGAGCACUCGCCGAAGCGCGACGCCAAGGGGCCGGUGGCGCUGCCCGCGGCCCCGCACGACCGCCAGGCCUGCGACCCCAACACCCGGUUCGCGCUGCCGCACGCGCAGGCCGCCGGCGGCGCCUGGGUGGCGCUGGUGGCCCGAGGCAACUGCACCUACAAGGACAAGAUCCGCCACGCGGCCGCGCACAACGCCUCGGCCGUGGUGGUCUUCAACGUGGGCGCCGCCAACGUGAACGACACCAUCACCAUGCCCCAUCCAGGAACGGGCGAGGUCGUUGCCAUCAUGAUCCCGGAGCUGAAGGGUCGCGAGGUGGCGUUGCUGCUGGAGCACAACGUGACGGUCACCAUGACGAUCACCAUCGGGACGCGGAACCUGCAGAAGUACGUGAGCCGCACGUCGGUGGUGUUCGUCUCCAUCUCCUUCAUCGUGCUAAUGAUCAUCUCGCUCGCCUGGCUCGUCUUCUACUACAUCCAGAGGUUCCGCUACGCCAACGCCCGCGACAGGAACCAGCGUCGUCUGGGCGACGCGGCGAAGAAGGCCAUCAGCAAGCUGCAGGUCCGCACCAUCAGGCGGGGCGACCAGGAGACGGAGGCCGACUUCGACAACUGCGCCGUCUGCAUCGAGGGCUACAAGGCCAACGACGUGGUCCGCAUUCUGCCCUGCAGACACUUGUUCCAUAAGAGCUGCGUGGACCCGUGGCUGCUGGACCACCGCACGUGUCCGAUGUGCAAGAUGAACAUCCUGAAAGCUCUGGGCAUCGCUCUGAACGCGGAUUGCCUGGACGACCUGCCGCUGGACUACGACCUGGCCCUUGGCGGCGUGGGCGGCGUCGGAGCCCUGGCCCUCGAGGCCGCCGUGUCCGGGGCGUCCAGCGACGGCACGCUGAGCGAGGGCGGCUCCUCGGUGGUGCUGGACCCGGGCGUGCGGCGCGUCGGCCUGCCGCAGGACUACCAGGACCCGGACACCCUGAGGGACAGUCCUGUGACGGCCACCACCGACACGCACACAGGUGAGCAUCAGCCAAUGGUAAGCAGUGCCUCAGUGGCAUCAUUGGUCAUUGCCGUGGAAACGGGCCUAUCAGACGAGGAGGGGUCGAUGGAGUUGUCUCAACUGGGGGACAAGUCCUGAGAGGAGCUCGACGGAACCAAACCAGAACCCGGCAGGGGGAAAAAAAACUCAAGACCUCAGUGGACCUGGUUCUGGUUUGGACUGGCUCCAAGGGGGAAGCUAAACCCGGAUUCAGCACCACGGUUUGACUGGGCUUUUUUUCCCCCUCUACGGAUACAACUUUGCCGAACCAAACCAACGUCCCUGGACCACACUUGGACCCGAGCUUAGCUAGAACCAAGGUUUUGACAACGUUUAAAAAAACAGGCCUCCGUGUCCCGGACAAGGAAUCUUGACGAACUUGGUUAGACUUCAUUUUGAGUUUCCUCCCGGACCCUCGUAGGUGUUUUCUCCAAUUCCUUGGUCGUGCCCUCAGCAGAUGUAAUAGAAGUCGUCUCUCUGUACGUUCACCUCUGUUCGUAGAAACUGUUCUUGGUCCUCCCCAUGUGUGAUACACCCUGACAAGCUGACAGGAAGUCAGAUUUUAAAAUUGAGUCUUUUGCUUCCAAUACAGUACGUGUCUCGAUGUUCGUCUCUUGACUCGACGGACGUCCAACGGGCAGGUGGAAUUCUAGGGAGUGCUCUCUUAUCUCUGGACCAUUGUACCGGAAAUAUUCUGGCACCUGUUUUUUGCCUGGGUACAGAGACACGGUCACUUCUUGUCCUGGUCCGGAAGUCUUGGGGUUCAUCGUUUGGUUCAUUUAGCUUGUUUUGAUUUGGAAGGACACAUCGGUUACUACUUUAUUGUUUUGCUUGAUGGCAGACUCAUCCUGGCAGUAUUGACUGCAGUAUUCAACAGCUACUCCACCACAGUAUUUUUCUUUUUUUGGGGGGUCCGUCAGUACAUUUCUACGCUGCUUUAACUUGACCGUGCUCCGACAGUAUUCGGUUUUGAUGCUUUCUUCCGUCGGCUGUGGCUCCAAACAGGGUUCUUUGUGUAUGUCAAAACAACAAGCUAAGAGGAAGGUUGAUACAAAUACAGUGCAGAUUUUCCCGACUGUAAAAGCACGGAUGGAAACAAGUGAAAGGUUUUUGGACAAACGUCAAAACCGUUUCCAUGCUACCACGGUUGGAGGAGAGCUUUCAGCUGCACCACCAACUGUUCUCCUCUUUAAAUACUUUACCUAUUGAUAUAACUUAAUAAAAAACCGGCCACAAGGUGGAACGUGAACAGACAAUUAUAAACUAACAUUAUUUUAAUAACCUGUUCAAACGCAGCGUGCGGUUGUGUCCAACGACAAACCUCGUAGAUGUCCACGUCCUCGAGAGUUUCUUUGCGCAACUCUUCCAUGAACAUUGAAUUGAAGUUUUAUAUAAAAAAACCCAGAGGAUAUCCGCCCGUUCUCUGUCGACAGGGACAUAGCGACUAAGGGAGGAUGUCAACACUAAUUGGUGCGUUUGAACUCGAGCGAAUUUUGCGUUAUCCGUGUCUGCUCGUGUCUUUGCAUUGACUCUGUAUGUAAUCUCAUCGCACGGGGAAAAAAAAUAGCAUCACAUUCGUUGUGAACACUUCUUAAGAACUUCGGACACGCCAGAAAUCAUUGAUUUUACGUCGAACGGGCGAGCAUUGGUCAGAUUCUAAAUCGCUAUCCCGUACAGUGUCUGGCCCCAGGGCCUCGUGUUAGAAGAUGCAAAGACUUUACUUCUUCAGUCUUCCAAUCGUGGACGUGUCUCCCGAGUUGUAACCUUCGGUCGGCGUUUUGUUCAAUGCCAGGUGAGUACCGCUGUGUCCUGUCCACCCACGUGUCCGAUGCCGCGGCCUCAUGGCGCCUUUUUUUUUUUUUUCUUUCAAACAAACUUUUACUGUUAACCCUGACAAUCAAGGAUUGGAUCGUAUAACUUGCCAGUCGGGGAUCCUUUCUCUGUGACACAAUAUGCGUUUUGCUGCCAUUAAAAGUUCCGGAGGUUUACGCAGACGCCUAAACCCCCAAAACAGCCGCGAGAAGAAAGGUUCUCGAGUGUCAAAGAGUCGUAGGAAUACAUUCGGAGCUGUCGUGAAGAAUCCCUCCCUGCUCCGGCGAGGGAGUCAGCUCAAAAGCCAAAAGGUGUAAAUACAAAAUGUAUAUUCCACAAGUUCACUUCGCCACAUGGAGUCGCCGUUUGAGCUUUGGUUGUUUUGUGGCGCGGCCGAAAUGGAGGGAUAAAGAUUGUCGUCUAUUUUGAUACCAGAGGAGACGUUUAUUUUUGUAACAGAGACACCCAGCAGUGAAGAAUGCCCCCCCCCCCCCCAAUCCCGUCAAAUCCCCCGACGGCCUGACGAGUCUCAAUGUGAUUGAGUAAUUAACCAGGCGGAUUUCAGUGUUGUCCAUUUGUGUCAUUGUACAUAGAAACAAAGAGGUUUGCGAUACGAGACCAAACUCUUGAAAGUUUAAAGUCCAUUAGCGGUUCGGCAUCCGACUGUCGAUGAACGAGAGUUGAACCGUUGCUGUGCUUUGCCCCUCCUCAUCUCUUUGGUACCAACGUCCAGUGUCAAACCUUUUUCCCAACAAAUUAACAUGAAAUAAAAAGCAUUACGAAUUAUGUUUAAAUUGCACUUUACUAAUUAUAAUUACAACUUAAAACAUGUUGAACCGAAUCCAAACGUGAUUUUUUUUUUCUACAACUACCACUCAAAAUAAAGAAUAUGUCCCGAUAGGGAACGCGAUCGGAACCACCGCCACGUUACACAAGUGCUGCUUUUACCCUUAAUGUACAUAUUUCACAUUAUCCAAUUGGUUUUAAUUAUGAGAAUUCAGUUCUACUUUUCAGUAGCGAAAUAUGUCGGCCAUGAGAAUCUCGAUCGUAUUGAAGCAGCCCUUUAUACGGUUCUUCUACUUAGCUACUUACUGUUGUCUCACAAGUACGUAACAAACUAGUAAAUUCAAACACCGGUAAAAAAUAGUGACAAGCUUAUUUUCUGUAAUAUACGAAGAUGAUGAAUUUGUUUUUGCCGCCUCCUAGCCAAUUUUUUUUAGUGAGCAAUGUUUUAAAUUUAAAAAAAACACUUUUGUGACGUUAGCUUUAUUUUCAACGAAUUUAGUCGAGUGUCAUGUUGUUGUUGCUGUUCACCAGUUUGCACUGUUUCAUUCUGUGACCUUUUUAAAAUGUUACUGCAGUUCUGCUGUCGCCGUGGUGAAACUGAACUCAACCUUCUUUUUUUGUUUCUACUGAGACUGAAGCUGCUGUGGCGUCCUGGUCCCUAAACCUCAAAUGUUUUCUGGUCAGAUCCAGACGUUCGUGUUCACAAUUGGAAAAAUUAAACUCUUUUAAAGUAUCCACAAAGAAAUUGAUACUGUUUCAGUACUGAAGAUCAACAUUUCAUAAGUGUAUAACCACCUGGAACUAAGAAUCGUGUUUUCGUGACGUAAGGCUGCGUCGACACCAGACAGAUUUUUUGCGCAAGUGACAAUUGCGUAGUUAAGAUAUUUGAGUCGUACCUCAAAAUUGUGGGAAAUUUGCCUGACUACACGAUACAUAUGACUUGAUAUCUCGUUGUCUCAAGAUAUGGAUCUCAAAAGGUUCAUGAAGUACUAAGCUACAGUCAUGAGAUCUAUUGCAAAGUAAGGACAAAUAUCAUGUACGUGGUAACAGUCUUGUAAGAAUGAGAUACUUCGUCCCAUGCAGAAGUCACUACAUGAUAUGACUAAGUACAAGGUUUAGAUAUGAAUUAACAUUUCAUCUGAUCUGAAAGUCGUAAUUUUUUCCCCCAUAUGAAUGCAGUGGCCUUUGAUUGUCUUGAGAAUAAAGCUACACUCGAUUUUUGUACCUCAACGUCGACCUGUUUUGAAGACGGGACCCUCGUGUCACUGCCAGUGAAUGACGUCUGAUUCCUCCCCGCCGGCCGAUCGCGGCCAUUCUCCCCCUGGAUGCCGCGUUCUCCCCGGUCGCUCGGCCUCUUUUGUUCAUGCACUUUAACACCGUUUCUCUGGAAGGUUCUAAAAGUCUCGUCCGUCUUCAUGGUCCACCUAUUCCCUGUCUCUUUGUCUUCAGUAUGUUGUGAAUUUAUUGAAGGACCAUGAAACAAAUGUUUAGCCCCACUGGUCCGUAACUAAACAAGACAGUCGUAUGUAUUCGUAGCCAAGUAUUGUAUUGUAGUCUUUGAUUUGUACUCUGACCUUUCCUUUCCAAGGUAUGACUGAGCUGCGUAGUUCCAUCGGGAUUAUACUUUUUUUCAUCCCCUAAAUAUCUAAUAACACCUAUAGAGUCAAAGACAAACGUUUUCUUAAAGGGAAAGCAGAAGGAAAGACCAAACUUUCAGAUCCUUCCACGGAGGCGGCAAGAGUCCCGAGGUGAUCGGCUGCGGGUGUGUUUCUACAAAAUGAAUUGUUUUCAGAGCGUCUGUUUGUGCGAUUGUCCUGUAAAACUCAAACACGUGUAAAUACAAAGGGGUGUGACGCCAUGUUGUUUCUGUGUUUUAGUUGAUGCACGUGUUUCUGAUUCAGGACAGAAUUUAAAUAAAACUGUCGCAAGUUUCUGUUUCUUA